ACUCAAUAUCCCAUGUUCGCGUGCAGCGCUUCAGCUUCCGUCCGUUCAGUCACAUGUGGCGUCCGUUUAGUUUCACUUCCGCGUUUGAACAGAAACCAUUAUAUCCUUUGAAUAAUGCAAGCGUUUUAACGCGAAUAUAGUCAGAAGUUUGUUUAUUCGGUGCGUGUUUAUCGAUGCUUCCGGAUAUUUUGACGAAAUGUCGUUGAGUGUCGUUUAAAGACAUUAGUGCGACAGUUUGGGAAAGGGAAGAUCCCCAGGCUGGGUGGACACAACUAGGCAGCUUAAUAAGACCUUUACUUUUAUUUAUCUACAGUAAACACGACCAUAGGAGGUGUCACCUGUGCUAGUCAUGUUGCUGUCUCUGAGAAUAGUCACUCCUCUUUUUGUACUACUCGCCGUAGUGCAAGCUGAGUUCCUCACAGACAAGUGUAACCUGACUUCACACAGCGUUUUUGAGCAAAAUACACUCCAUCUACUGGAGCCUCUCACCAAUCAAAACUUCACCGCAAAAAGUCAGGACGAGGAAUAUUCAUAUAUUUUUCAGGUGUGUGGAGAUGCGGACGGAAUAAAGGGUGCGGGUCUUGUGCAGAAAGAAAAAUCGAGUGGAAAGAUGGUUCGAAUUGGAAGCUACACCAAAACACAAGCUGUUAAAGGAGGUGACUGGGUUAUGCUCUUCUAUGAGGGGGGAGAUAAAUACGACAGCCACUGUUCACAAGAGCCAAGAAGAGCUAUGAUUAUGAUUUCAUGCAGUACGAGCACCAAGAAUGUAUUUUCAGUGAAGAUAGAGGACAAUCAGAAGAAUCGGGGCUGUUAUUACCUGUUUCAACUGGACUCCAAUGCAGUCUGUCCUGUAAUCCAAUCCAAACUCAGCGCCGGCUCCAUAAUCCUUAUUAUUAUAUUCUGCUGCCUGGCUGUAUAUCUUACUGGUGGAUUCCUCUAUCAGCGACUGGUAGUUGGAGCCAAGGGAGUUGAACAGUUCCCUAACUAUGCCUUUUGGUCAGAGAUCGGCAACUUAUCUGCUGAUGGAUGCGAUUUUGUCUGUCGUUCCCGUGGCAACAGAGAAGAAGCACCGACAUAUAGAGGUGUGGCUACUGAACCUCUUGGGGAGGAGCCAGAAGAAAGGGAUGACCAUUUACUUCCCAUGUGACCAAAUCACAUCGACCAAUGAGAGCAGAGGCUGGACAGUUAUUACGGUUUUGGAACCCAAAGAAAGAUAGCAGGCGUGUUCCUUGUUCAGAAGUGCUGCUGGGUUUUUUUGUUGUUGUUUUGUUUGUUUUUUAACUAUCCAAUAGCACUUAAUCUCUAUCUAUCCCUUAAAAUGUUAAUUUGGUGUUUGCUGAAUGUAAAAUAAAUGCUAAAUAGUUUUCAAAAAUCCAAAGACCCACAAAUAUAUUUGAUAUUUACGACCAGAUGUCAUCAACAUGCAACACUGCCCGUUUUCUCUCUUUAUAGGAAGUAAAAGUCAUCAAGGCUGUUUGACUGCAUUACUCGUAGUUUUGUACAUGUACUUAAUUUGUUUAGAAUGGUUAAAUCUACUUUUACUUGUAGUAUGAACCCAUAUUUGGUGAAGCUGAAAUUAAAUUUUAAGAUUAUGCUCCACCAAACUUUAUCAAUUAAAUCAAAACAUUUUUUUUUCUAUUUUCAGAAUUUAAAAAAUGAACUAAUGUUGAUUAUCUGAAAAAUUGGAUUCACAAAUAUGCGCUGCUUUACAUUCCAAAUUAACUGUUUAAUGUGUCUGUGUAAAAAGUUACAUUGACAACCUCUUCAGCCUGUUACAAUUAUUAAUGAUAAAUUGCUGUCGUAGAGGUUAUUAAUAAGAUGCAUUUGAAGAAAAUGCUUUCUAGAAGAUUCAACAACAAAAAAAAACCAAAUAACUUUUUUUUUUGGAAGAGACCCAUUUGUGACCCAUUGCUGUUGAUAACAUUUACGGUUGAAGUGAAACAACAAGAAAGGAAAUGUGUUUCCAUUUGCUUGGUUUUCUUUUCACUUUGGCUGCUUGACUUUGCAAACGUUUAUGAUACUUUUGACUGUGGGAUCUAUUUCAUACGGUGUAAAUGACUGUAAAUCCUCACUGGAGACCACAGGGCAAAAUCCCAGACUAUGACAGAGCAGCGUUAUGUUUUCCUUUCAUCGCUUUUAAGUACUGUGUUUUUGAAUGCACUGAGGCUUUUUGGUUUUUUAGUGGAGUCAUGUACUUUCCCUGAACAUAACCGAGUUCUUGAGGAGUCAAGAUCGUGAAUGACCUUAAACACUCCUGUCUUCGAGGUAUAAGAUCAUAGCCUCACAACUAUUUGCAGAAUCAGGAGGAAGAGAGCUGAUGGUUAUCAACCCAAGCCAUAUAAGGUGCUGUGUGUAAAAGCUAGAGGCUCCUUGAAAAACACUUCUAAUCAUCAGACUGAAAAUGCUGGUUUAGCUUCUGCUUUAAUAACUAGAGUCCAAAUUAACAGCAGAAAGGUGUAUGAUGCAUUUGGCUUGGUUCUGAUACUGUAUUUCAGGCCUGUGCAGAGAGGUGACUUCGCUGUUCUUGCUACUGCUUUAUUGUUCUUUGCAAUUUUAGUGUGAAAAUGAAUUGUUGAGAAGAAAGUGUGAAUAAAGUGUUUGAUUACCGGUG